CCUACCAACGCAUUUAUUGGCUGCGGUUCAUUAAUUUAUUUGCAAAAGCAUCCCACAUGAAACCCUGCAAACUGAAUAGCAGCAUGGAUGCUGGCUUGGAAACAGACCUCCAGUGCCGAAACGGAACAGUCUGUGCAGCAAAGUGUGGCUCUGAGCGCGUGGAGAGCACUGCCAAGCGCAGGCUGGCUGCUAAUGCCAGGGAAAGGAGAAGAAUGCAAGGGCUCAACACGGCCUUCGACCGCCUACGCAAAGUAGUCCCCCAGUGGGGGCAAGACAAAAAGCUGUCCAAAUACGAGACGCUUCAGAUGGCCCUGAGUUACAUUAUGGCCCUGACGAGGAUCCUCGCUGAAGCAGAGAGAUACAGUGCAGAGAAAGUUUGGAUUAACUUUCACUGUGAGCAUUUCCACCAGGAGACUUGUCAUGCUUACACAGGGCAGAAGGUGGCUGCUGAAACAGACCCUUAUGCGCAGAGACUUUUCAGUUUCCAGCCAGACAACUACUAAAUGGGCAAUUAAGAAAUCACUGUGGACUUGCAAAGGCCCGCUUGGUCUUUUGUGUAAAAGUAUUUGAGAACAGGAACUUAAAACAGCUGCAUAAGGUAAUAUUUGGUUGUUGUAGCCUUGUUCUUUGCCUGCAACGCACUGAGCACUGGAACAAACUGAUUUGGAACAUUUCCCGAUGCUUCAUUAAUUCCUACUUUGAGGAUGCAUUUUUGUUUCCUGAUUUAAUUGUGUAUCUUAAAAUAGAAAACAGAAAUUAUACUGUCUAGUCCUCAGAGAAGCAACUUAAACUUUGUAAGUUUGCCAUAACAGGUUCUUUGAGACCAAAUUGUGUAGGUUUAACUCAUCUACAACUUACCACUUCUCUGGCGUAUGCUCGAACUGGAGCUAGUUUCAAAUAGUGUUUAUGUAAUGCUUAGAUGUUCCUCUGUGCUGACUGUAAAAUCAGAUUAGUUCAUGUGAUGACAUUACGAUAAAAUAAUUGCAUGAAAAUAGAGACCUAGACUUUAGAGUUGGUAGGUUAUGCUGAUUCUGUAUUUUUUUACAUUGUUCUGUUUCCU